AUGACUGAUAAUAAUGUAAACCAGCAAAAUCUCGAUAAUACCAGCAACAAUACAAAUAAUAAUAUAAUAUCAACUGACAAAACUUUGCAAUAUGAACAAAAUUUGAUGAUUCUUCCAAAACAAGCGGAAGCAAAUGCUCCAGAAGAUAAUAGUAAAAAUGUUGAUGAUGAUAAUCCACCGCUCGCUCCAAACAAUUGGACAAGCGGAACUCGUAGUACUUAUAAAAGCAAACGUCCGGGAUAUUAUCCAGAUCAAGGAAUUCCUGGAUGUAUUAAUUGGUGUUUUGGCUGUUGUAUCGGAACUUGCGCGAAUUUUUGUUGUGCUUUUUUAUGUUGUUCACAAUACUGA